AUGGCCAGCCUCGACUCCUACCCCCCGGACGUCGACCCCGCCAAGCACACCGCCCGCGUCGUCCGCGCCAUUGGUGAGCUCGCGCGCUGCAUCGGAUCAGAGGGCCUCGUCGCCGGCCAGGUUGUUGAUCUGGAGAUGACUGGCUCAACCGAGACUGUACCACUUGACCGCCUUGAGUACAUCCAUCUGCACAAGACUGCUGCCUUGCUUGAGGCCUCAGUGGUGGUUGAUGACAUUCUUGAUGUGACCAAGUCAUCAGAGGAGCUAGGGAAGACAGCUGGGAAGGACUUGGCGAGUGACAAGACGACAUACCCAAAGUUACUAGGGUUGGAGAAGUCACGGGAAUUUGCGGAGAAGUUGCUUUCUGAUGCAAAGGAGCAACUUGCUGAUUUUGAUGAAGAGAAGGCAGCACCGCUAUUGUACUUGGCCAAUUAUAUUGCCUAUCGGCAGAACUAA